ACUGACCACAUCCUGCAGACCGAUGGAUUCCCAGCAGCAGCCGCCGCCAGUCCCGAUAUCCGACAUCAUCACGACAGCGUGGCCAAGAAGAGCAGUCAAGGCAUGUGCUAGUUGCAGGCGUGACAAAAUACGCUGCGAUGGUCAAAAGCCUUGUGGAGGCUGCGUUAAGAAAGGUUACACUAUUGAACAGUGUGUUGCUGGGUGUGAGAACUGUCGAAAGGCUCGCGCGCGCUGUGAAGGCGGAAAGCCUUGCCUCAGGUGCCGAGAGGAUCAGGUAGAGUGCACCGAAGGCCAUCACCACCCGGUAUUGCGUGCAGAACCUCCUCCCGUCUUAGUUCUCCGCGGGCCACAUCGCUCAAAGCCCGAUCGUGCAAAACUGGCUUGCCAGAACUGUCGUCGGGAUAAUAAGAAGUGUGAUGAUCAGCGACCUUGCACUCGAUGCAUUGCACGCGGGGAAGAGUGUGUUCAUGUGGGAAAGGGACCCAAACUUGUUAAACUUCGUUGCGAGGGUUGCAGGCAAGAAAAUAAGAAAUGCGAGGAUGCACGUCCAUGUAGGCAAUGUGUUGAAUGUGGCAAGGAGUGUAUCAGUGUUCAGAGGAAGGGCAGAGGUCAUGGUACCCGUGUCAAGGCGGCUUGUGUGUAUUGCAGACGUGAUAAGGUGCGGUGUGAAGGUGUGAGGCCAUGCCUACAUUGCGUGCGUAAGGGGUAUCAGUGCCUUGAUCGCAUCUGUCAAAUCUGCACUCAGCAAGGUGUUAGUGGCGGAUGCCCACAUCUCGGUGAAGGAUCGGAUAGUGAUGCAGUGGUUGCGAUGGGGAGUAUGCAGCCUCCCCAUCCAACCCCAAUUCAAGUUCAACAGUCCUCCAUGAUGAUGGCACCUCUGCCGUUCCCCAAUCAAGUCUAUGGUCCCAUACCAUACCAUUUACUAGCUCAAUCAAACCAUGAGAUUGGGUCCUUACACGUACCUGCGCUACCUCGUCCUGUUGGAUCUUUUUAUCCUAUAGUCGACUCUCCUAUCAAUGGCCCUCAAUCAAACAUCUCUUCAGAACGGUACGACCCAUUGCUUACGGGUCCAAGUGACUUUUCGAAGUCGGGGGGGUAAAUACGUACGUUGUAAAUUUUGGACUUUUGCUUGGAGCAAGAUGGUUGUAAUUUUAGCCUCGCUUUUCAAAGCGAUACCUAGAAUAUCGUACUGUAGUUCUGUAAGCUCUAAUGCCUUCGACUCGUUUCUCUGGGGCAAGCUUCUAGAAUUCAUUCUUAUCGAAGGCAAACCAAAUGGGGGAUUUCCCUUGUUGAUGUUGACUUUAUUUGUACAUGCUUG